UACAUUCCAAGCCAUUUCGGGAAGUUUUCAACACCGCAAUCAUGUCUUCCUUACUGAUAAGGCGGUUAAAUCUCCGCGCUGCAUUUACAAGUAGUAGCAGGGGUCAGAGGGCAUGUGUUGGGGAGUUAUUUAAAGGAGGCACACGACCGCGUUCUAUUAGCAAAGGAAUGGGGAAUCACCACAGUGCUACGCUAACUACACACGUCUUACAGGUGAAGACGGGAGAUCGCAAAGGCGCUGGCACCGACGCUAACGUCACGGUUAUACUACACGAUGAUCAUGGCAAGAAAUCAUCCCCCUUGAAGCUAGAUCACCCUUUGAGGGACGACCUCGAGAGAGGCUCUUUGGAUGUGUUCCCCGUGGCGGAACCAUUAAAGGAAUUCGGGAAAAUUCAGAAAAUCGAAUUUACAAUGGAGAAGUUUGGAUUGGCGUCCGACUGGUAUGUAGAGUCAGUAUGUAUUGAGGACAAACGACAAGAAUCGAUCAUUCCGUACAUGUUUCCGAUUCAUCGCUGGAUCAGACCCAGUCGCCGCUACGUGUUUGAUCACCUGGACUGCAAGCUGCCUCAGGAUGACCAGGAAAUAGACCAGAGGAAGGAGGAGCUAACGGAAAAAAGAAAAAUCUAUGAAUUAGAGCAAAAAGCGCCCGGUCUUCCUGCACAGGUCAAGCAGAUCCCCGACGAUGAAAUGUUCUCUGACGAUUACAAGUGGGAUAUCGUCAAAAGAAAGAUGGCAUUGAUAGCCCAAACCAAGCUGACACACCUCGCCACGUUGUUUGAACACUGGGACAGUUACGACGACCUGAUAGCAGUGUAUGGCGGAGACUUGGAGGCCCCUGAGGAGCAGUUAAAAUAUUGGCGAGAUGAUGAGUGGUUUGGUGCCCAGAGACUUGCCAGCUGUAACCCUACCCUUAUCUCCCUGUGUACCGCUAUCCCGCAGAAGUAA